CUUCUGUCUCGCUAGCGAGAGGAAAUGACUGUGGAGCGGAAGCUAUUAGAGGCCUACUAUCUCAGACGUGCAACCUUUUUUGGAGUUGCUGUAGCAUCUACCGCUAUGACGAUUGCCAUAUUUGCCUUGCCUCUGCUCUGUGUUUAUCUGCAAUACGUUCACUCGCGUAUUGAUGAGGAAGUCAAUUAUUGUCGCACAAAAUGUGGUGGAAUGCGCAAGGAAAUCACAAAGGUACAAAUCGUCCGAAUCAAGCGGCAAGCGGCGCUUUCUUGCUGCUCAUGUGGUGUGGGCGCUCAGGGCCCACCAGGCCUGAUGGGACGCGAUGGAGAGCCAGGCAGAGAGGGAAAUCCAGGGCGACCCGGACCACCUGGCCCCGACGCUGAAGAUAGGAAAGCAGUCCCUCGCCCUGAAGACUUUUGCUACGAAUGUGAGCCGUCUCCUCCGGGAGAGCCAGGUCCACCCGGCCCCGUUGGUCCGCAAGGACCACCAGGCGGAAUCGGUGAAUGCGGACCGUUGGGAGAUCUUGGUCCACCAGGUCCACCAGGGCUACCAGGAGCGUUCGGUCCAGACGGGGAAGUCGGACCACCAGGUCCGCCAGGAUUACCCGGAAUGUCUCGAACUGUGAAUUCGCCAAAAGGAAAAGAUGGGCCGCAAGGGCCAGAGGGACCACCCGGCCCUCCAGGAAUACCUGGUAGAAGUGGAAAAAAUGGAAAGGAUGGCUUACAAGGUCCGGAUGGUGAUCGUGGACCUGAUGGAUUACCGGGACAAGACGGAGAGGACGGCGAACCUGGGCGGCCAGGGCUAAGAGGAGCGUCGGGAUCCUGUGAACACUGUCCGAAGCCUCGCACUCCACCAGGCUAUUGAACAUGAUAGUGAUAUCACAUA